AUGAACACGAAGGAAAAAGAGAAGUACAUCGAGGAAUUCGAUUUUCCCCACUGUGAUGAAUCCUCGAAAUAUGAGAAGGUCGCGAAAAUCGGCCAGGGCACCUUCGGGGAGGUGUUCAAAGCUAGAGAUAAAAAUUGCACUAAAAAAUUCGUGGCUAUGAAGAAAGUAUUAAUGGACAAUGAAAAGGAAGGGUUUCCUAUAACUGCUUUAAGAGAAAUAAGGAUAUUACAAUUGCUAAAACAUGAAAAUGUAGUGAAUCUGAUAGAAAUAUGUAGAACAAGAGCAACACAAUAUAAUCGUUAUCGUUCUACAUUCUAUCUUGUGUUCGACUUCUGUGAACAUGAUUUAGCUGGUUUAUUGUCCAAUGUCAAUGUCAAAUUUAGUUUAGGGGAAAUAAAGAAAGUUAUGCAACAGUUGUUAAAUGGUCUCUAUUAUAUUCAUAGUAAUAAGAUUUUACACAGAGAUAUGAAGGCUGCAAAUGUUUUGAUAACUAAAAAUGGUAUAUUAAAAUUAGCUGACUUUGGGUUAGCUCGUGCAUUUAGCGCUAACAAAAAUGGCCAACCAAAUCGUUACACAAAUAGAGUUGUUACACUCUGGUACAGACCGCCGGAACUUUUGCUUGGUGACAGAAAUUAUGGUCCUCCUGUAGAUUUAUGGGGUGCAGGAUGCAUAAUGGCUGAAAUGUGGACCAGAUCACCCAUAAUGCAAGGAAAUACAGAGCAACAACAACUCAUAUUAAUUUCACAAUUAUGUGGUUCCAUAACAACAGAAGUUUGGCCUGGAGUAGAAAAUUUAGAGCUAUUUAAUAAAAUGGAUUUACCUAAAGGUCAAAAGCGAAAGGUUAAAGACAGAUUGAAACCAUAUCUAAAGGAUCCUUAUGCGUGUGACUUGUUAGAUAAACUAUUAAUCCUCGAUCCGUCUAAAAGAUACGAUUCGGAUUCUGCGUUGAACCACGACUUCUUUUGGACUGAUCCGAUGCCUUGUGAUCUCAGUAAAAUGUUGGCACAGCAUACGCAGAGUAUGUUUGAGUACUUAGCUCCACCAAGACGACCCGGCCAUAUACGUCACCCGCAACACCAAGUACCUGGAGGGCCAACGAAAUCUACUUCUAGUACGGCCGAUAGUGGUUACCAAGAUCGUGUAUUUUAGCACAUUCUGUUCGGAUGAAUGUAGACUGCCCAAUAACUGUCCAUUUUUUUCAUCUCUCAUAAUUUUAAUGAGUUGUGUAAUAUUCGACUUCAACUACACCCAUAAUGAUCAAGUUUUGUGUUUCAUCUGAAUGUUUGAUUUGUACAAACCAUGGAAGCAAAAUGUAAGAUUUUCUUAUACA